CUUUGAUUUAAGAACUGGUUAAGCAGUCAGUCAAAUAAUGGACGUGCAGCCACCAUUACCUUUCACAAGUCUUCACUUUGUAGUCAGAUCACAUUUCAGAUUUCACAUUAUAUAGCCUAAGCACCUGUUUUUCAGAGGCGAUGGGCGUUAACAAACACAGCGGUUUGUCUUGCUGCAGGAGAAAAGUUUGAGUGAAUUGAGGAGGAGGGGUGGGUGGUAGGCUCACUGCUGCUGAUGUUAUUGAGGUUAAGGUUUUUCUUGAAUUGUUCUUGACAUCCUGCGGGCUGACAGAGGAGGCGACCAUGGAAGAGGAGGAGGGGGACAGCCACCCGGAGAUGAAGCAUUUUUCUCUGCCGUGGCCUUAUCCCAGGUUCCGCUCCCACAGUGACACCUCCGGAUUUCGCUCCAGAAUGCUGUUCAGACUCCGGGGAGCCCGCUCAGUUGAUGGGUUGGAGAAAUCAUCAUCACUGGCCAGCUGUGACGUGGUGGUCGACAGUGCCGGCAAUACCCAGAAUGCCCCUGCAUCACGACAGCCGCGAGGAAAGCUGUCAUCACUAGGAAAACUGUUCAAACCCUGGAAGUGGAGGAAAAAGAAGACCAGCGACAAGUUCCAGGAUCUUUCCAAAGUUCUUGAGAGAAAAAUCUCCACCAGACAAACGAGGGAGGAGCUCAUCAAGAAAGGAGUUCUCAUCCCUGACCAAGAUGAAACGAUCAGCAGUGAAAAUCUGAAUGGCCACGCCACGUCUAGUGUGACAUCAGAGGAGGUCAAAGUUGACAUUGAGUCUCCAGAAACCGCGCUGGAGGAACAGGCCACCGGGCCCGUCCACACUGAGGACAAAACAGAGAGGUGCGAUACUAAAUCCCUCGCCCGGGCAAAACAGGUGCGACCUCGAGACGUUCAAGCUAAAAAACAGCAAAGUGCCACUCUUCCCGCCUCUUCCAAACCUUUGGGUGGCACUUCAGCCACAACCAAGCACAAAGACGCAGCUUCUGGGAAUAAAAAGACUGCUAAAACCACAGGCAAGACAGUCCCAUCCACUCAAGCUAAAGCUAACCCGCGGAGCACUAACAACACUAGUCGGGGGAUUGCCAAAUCCUCCCAUCCAAAGAAGACAGGAUUAACAACAAAAAACACCCCCACCUCCAUCCCUCAUUCUCGUGCAUCUAAGGACUCUGCAGCACAAACUGAGGGGACUGAUGCAAGGAGCAACCGGAAAUCAAACACUCCCAUCUCUUCCCACGUACCCCAAAAGGCCCCUGCAGAGACUCCAUGCCAGCCUGGGGAGUUAAAAUCCUCGCCCCUUUCCUCAGACAUCAAGCCAGCCUCAUCUAAAGCCUCAGGCAAUGAGACAGAUGGAACUCAGGCUGCUUCUCAACCUGAUCUAGAGUCUAAAUCUGAUCCCAGUGCCUCUACUGCGAGUGAGGACACCCACAAGGGCAUGGCUCCUGAACCGGCUGUCCUGCCUCCCCAUAUCAACACUGCUACAGAGGACACUUCCUUCUCAGAGGGAGGGACGGACAGCAGCUCACAUGGGGAGAAACAGGGGAGAACGGGAGGGGAUGGAGGAGAAGAAGAAAAGAAGAAAGGAGAAACAGAGCCUGCUGUGGAGAACAGCCGGAGGUCUGCAGACGGCCACGCUGAAAGGCCACAUGGCCUCAGUGUGAACAUGGAGCAGGCCAUGGUGACGGUGAUCCCUGAUAGGCCGAGAGACAGCCAAACUAGCGACUCUGACUCUGACGGACCAAUCCUGUACCGCGACGAGGAGGAAGACGAGGAGGAAGAUGAGUACACAACCAGCGCUCUGGCCAUUAAGAUCCGCCGACGAGACACCCUAAACAUCAAGCUGGGGAAUCGACCCAGCAAGAGAGAGCUGGAAGAGAAAAACAUUCUGCCGCGGAGCUCCGAGACGGAGAGAAAUGAGCUUCGCCAGAAAAUAGGCUCCAAACUAGUCAGGCGCCUGAGCCAAAGACCCACCACAGAGGAGCUGGAGCAGAGAAACAUCCUCAGGCAAAAGAAUGAAACCGAGGAACAAGAAGCUAAGCAAGAGAUUAAAAGGAGACUCUCCAGGAAGCUGAGUGUGAGGCCUACAGUGGCAGAGCUUGUCGCUCGCAGGAUCCUGCGUUUUAACGAGUAUGUGGAGGUAACGGACGCCAAGGAUUAUGACCGGCGGGCAGACAAACCCUGGACACGGCUUACUCCUGCUGACAAGGCUGCUAUCCGUAAGGAGCUGAAUGAGUUUAAGAGCCGAGAGAUGGAGGUUCAUGAAGACAGCAAACAGUUCACCAGAUUCCAUCGGCCCUAAGCGUUCUUCCUGUCAGCUGGACGUCAGCACCACAAGCUCUCCGGUCCACAGCUCCCAGCAGUCUCCCGGUCCUCCAGAUCCUCAGUACACAGAUUAGUCCACUUUGCUUUGGGAUCCUCUUGCGCCUGAUAAUGUGUAUUUCUGUCCGAAGUGACAGCUACAGGUGUGUCUUAAGGCCUUGGCCAUCCAUAAAACAUUUGCACAUAUCUAUAGUCAGAACAGUGGUGUGUAUAGCACACUGAUUAGAUUAUUUAUUUAUUUUAGAUGGCCAGAACCUGCUGGUUAUUUUUUUUUUUUUUUUAAAUUCAGGCCUUGUCAUGAGGUUCCAGGGAGGAAACAUGUGCAAAAUCACCCUCUUAGUAGUGAAUGUGGCUCAGUUGUAUUAAAGUGUUAGCAUACUUGCCAAGGUAUGCCUUGUCAUAAACUGCCAAAUGGCCAUAUGUGGGCAUCCUCCUAGAACCGGAAAUGGGAGUGAUUGGAUGGUUGCAUGCUGAUGUCAGUGCCUAUGUCAUAGAUCAGAGGGGAGGAGUGGCAGAUUGUUCUGCUCCGAUGUGCCUCUCGGAGUUAAAUCUGAAGUACUGCAGUUCAUUUUUAGACAUAUUUAAAGUAUAUUGCCACUAGAGGGCAUUAUAUCAUAAGAGUUAUAGACUGUGAGGAUGAAGACGAGUAUGUAGAUGAAGAAUAAUUUGCAGGUGUUAUAUUUAUAACUGCUGAAGCUGAGGGAUUGGUGGACACCUGAGGCUUUAAUAGUGAAGUGCAAUGAAAAUCCGUCUGCCAUCACAGCCAUUUGUAAUCCACACACAAUGAUCAUGUACUAUAUUAUAUCUUGUGUUGAGUUAUUACGUGCAAACCUCUGUUCACAGAGUGCUGGAUUUUGCUGUUACUUCAGUUUUCAUUUUAGGCUUUUGGCUGGAGCUCUUUCUCAGAGAGACUUGGUGCCAAAGAAAAAGCAGGAAUUUGAUUGUUUGCUGGUCUUCUUAUUUCAAAGUUUUGAUUUUGUUUGGAAAACUUCCUAUGGUGGAUUUAUGAAUAGAGAACAGGCACUGAGAGUGUCACCACUGAAGCAAUCUAAAGGCCUCUCGAGAAAAUGUUCUAUUUUCUUGAACAUGCUUUUGCAAUUUAAUGUGUCAGCCUGUGACCCUCAAGAGAAACUUGCUCACAAGUGGUCCUUUUACACCUUGCCCUAACACGCACCUUGUAUCCAUACUAUAUCAGCACAGUUUGAUACACUCUUUUGUUCCUGAGAAAUUAAAGGAAUUGAUAAAUGUUUUGGGAAAUACACUAGAGCUGAAACAAUUAGACAAUUUACAAAAACUGAAUCUGCAACUGUUUUCAUAAUCGAUUUAUAAUUUCAUAUAUUUUUAGCAAAAAUGUCCAAAACAUUGCUGAACAGGUGGGGAUUUAAUGCAGUUUUUAUCAUAUACGACAUUAAACUGAAUAUUUUUACUAUUCGGACCGGAUCAUAUUAACAGGGAAUUUUAAUAUGUUAACUCUGGGAAGUUAUAAUGGAAAUUUGCCAUUAUUUUCUGACAUUUUUUAAAUGAAAUGAUUAAUCAAUUAAUAGAGAAAAUAAUCAGUAGAUUAAUCUACAGUCAAAAUAAUCGUUAGUUGCAGCGCUAAAAUGCACUUAUUCACUUUCUUGUUGAGUGUUAGCUGAGAAGAUCGAUUCCACCCGCAGGUUAUUAGAUUAGUUUAGCAUAAACACUGGGAGCAGGGGGUGAUCACUAGCCUGCUUCUUCACAUUUUGUCUUUUGAGCGCAGAAAUCAUCUUACGACAGGCUUCACGUGGGAUUCAUGAAAAGUUUGUACCACACCAAUCAGAGCGU